GUCUCUUUCUCUCAUCAUCGCUCGCACCAGAAGCAGCCACCAGCGCGCCUUGUGGCGACAUUUUCCCUUACGCAUACACCAAAUUCCAGAAACAGCUCGAGCCCUUUUCUGGCAGCCCGAGUGUACACUACAGCGUCAGGUUUGAGGACCGAGUGGGGCGCGUGUAAUGCCAUUGUUUGGUUGACCUGCCAAGGUGCACUGAAGCCGUUAUGGACAGAAGCUCUCCCGACCUGGGGUUCUACUCUUCUGACAACCACCACGACAACAACCACGAAUCCGACUCUGACUCUGAUUUGGACGCGAACCUCGACUUCUACGACAACGACGACGACCACGACGACCACGACGACCACGACGACGACCACCAUCACCACCACGACCACGCCGAACAAGAGGAAGCAGAGUUCCAGCAUCAGCUACACCAGCACUUGCAUCACCAUCUGCACCACCUUCACCAGUUGCGUCACGUUCUUGGUAUCAACCUCACCGCCGAGCCAAACCUGAACCACGAGGACGAUUAUAUGAACCACAUUUUUGGUGACAGCGAUAACGACGGUUUUGACGGAUUCGACGACGAUAGCUAUCUCGACAACGAAGAUUUGGACGUGGGGGCUUUGCUGCAUGUUGGGGAUAACGACGACGACGACGACGACGACCACGACGAAAGCCAUAGCGACCACAGUGACGACAGCACUGCAAAUCGAGAGUCGAGUGAGGAUUCUCUCUUUGUUGAUCAGCGGCCUUCGCCCUCACCCUCGCCUAAUCGAUUGCCGCCCAUCGCUCAGUUAGUUCCCGAAGUCCGACGCGCAGGACAACUGCAGGGGAACAGGGAGAGCAGCUUUGGUUUUGGUUCUCUGAACUCGGACGAAGUGGCCUUUCUGGACCAGCUUGUUGAGAUGGAAGUCGCAAGACCUGUGCGCCGGCCUCGCACAAUGGCGGCGGCCCGCUCCAUGACGCCAGCUGCCAACGCUGAGGUUAUCGAUUUGACACAAGAUGACGACGACGUUCGGCAGCCGCGUCCAAACCAUAACCCCAAUCCUCGCCGACAAACUCUGAACCACCGCACGCCUUCCCUCAACCGCAGCGACGGUAGCCUUCUCGGAAACGCCGGCGCCGCCGACAUCAUCGACCUCACUAUGGACGACCCGACCCCUCCCCCGCGCCGACAGCAUGCCGCCCGCGCCCAAGCCCGGCCCAACCUUCCACGCCCCCCUCCUCCUUUCGUUGACCUGGUGAACGACGAUGAGGACGACAAUCUAGGUGCUGGUGGCUCCUUCCGAGCCCCUGGCGCUUUCAGCCACUUUGUGCACCAACUCCAACACAGACUGCAGCCGGCUGCCAUGUUUGGCAUUCACGGCAUUCUCGGACUACGCGACGUGACAGCGCUAGGCCGGAGUCCUGCCAAUAACCCCCUCGGGGCGCAUGGCCCCGAUUUGAACUAUGGACUCCAUCGUGCCGGUCAAGAGCAUACCGCUCCCAAACCCGCCCAUGUUCCGCCCAAGCCUGCCCGAGAAGGCUUCACCCGUGCCACCGGAGAGGCUAGCGAGGAUGUGGCUGUCUGUGCCGGCUGUGAGGAAGAGCUCAAGUACGACCCAGACGAGUCCAGGGCCGACAUGCCGCCCCAGAAAAGAGCGAGGAACAAGAAGGACAAUGAAGAGCACCACUUCUGGGCUGUCAAGGAAUGUGGACACGUGUACUGCAAGAGUUGCUACGAAGGACGUGGCAGAGCCAAGGGCAAGACUGCCCACUUCCGCGCCGGGCCAGGCAAGAACAAGGCUCUAUGCAACGUCCCAGAUUGCGAGUCGGAGGUGUCCAGCAAGAUGGCCUGGGUCGGUCUCUUUCUCUGAGGCAGGGACAUUUACAAACAUUUCUUUAAGGGUGCAUGGACGGAUCGGGUUUGGGUUAUACCAUUUGCUCUCUGGCGAGGGGCUUUACGGACAGGUUACCUAGUUAUUCUUUUUUCCUUCGGCAUGGAUGACCAAGGCUUGGUCCGGUGUUUACUGCAUGGUCUGGUGUUUGGUUGCCUUUUUAGCGCUGCUUUUCUCGGCCACGGAUAGAAGACAUGGGUUUUUGUGAAUGGGUAUAGAUGGCUAUCUGUCUAUGUGUGUAUGUGUCCUUGUUGUAUUGGUUUGGUGUUUUGUCGCGGCGUUGUUUUAAAGCCUUCUCUUUACAUCACACACACAGCAAUGUAUUCAACAAUCUCACAUCAAGUCAGGGAUACAGUACGGUGCAGAAUUGACAUUAUUCUCUACAUUCCAGGUCAGUUCCUCUUUCUGUUUGCUAUUACAAAUCACUGUCCCUACCCACCUUGAUAGGUCUUUUAUUUGCUCAGCUGCCCCCCAGCUCCUGAUAGCCUGACGAGAACAGCACCACGCGCAAAGAGACGGGCACAAAGCCGACUCCCAACUCGACCCUCUUCUGCUGCCUUCUUCUGCCCAAGGUAAACGGAGGCGGAUACGCCCAAUCCGUUCCCUUUUCAAGACAAUGUUCAAUGAUCACGACCCACCUCACUUUCUAACAGAUCUUUUUCUCUCUACAUCUUUGUCCAGGUCCGUCACGGAGACGACCACCCCUUCCCCUUCCCGACGAUACGAUCGAGAAACCUCCCACUCAUGCUGGCCAAUCCACCCCCCCUUUCGUCGCGAGUCUUUUCGAUUACUGUCUCUCUGACCCCCUUUUCCCGGGUCGAGUUGUUGGGGUCGAUGACGGUUUUGGAUCCCGUGCGCCAUGCGCAAUACGGAGUGCGACAUGGCGCAGAGGUGGCCGGCCCCGUCGUUGACGCGGUCCUGCUUCCGGAGGCGCUCGAGGCGGGACUCGAGGGAGGAGAGGGAGCGGUAGGUGAAGGGGUCGAGGCGGGGCCAGUGGUAGAGUUUGCGGAGGG